ACUUGAAAUGUGGACCUCGUCGAGUACCGCCGGUCGCCAUUUUUUAACCGGAGGCGACGGGUGCGGCGGCGAAUUAUCCCCAAGAUGACCUGGACGCGGUAUCGAGUGUUUCUUUUAGUGUUAUUUGUGACCACCGGCAGCAUAAACACGCUAAGCACGAAGUGGGCGGACGUGAUCGAGGCCGUCGGAUCCGACGGCGUCGAAAAGAGUUUCAACCACCCGUUCUUCCAGUCGCUCACCAUGUUCCUGGGUGAAGCAAUGUGCCUCGUGCUCUUCAAAAUCAUGUUUCGGUUGUACGAAUCGAGAGCGGACGGCACAGUCGACAGCAACGAGCUGACGAAAGGCAACCGUAAAUUCAACGCGUUCAUUUUGUGCGUCCCGACGGCGUGCGACAUGGCGGCGACGUCGCUGCAAAACGUCGGCCUCAACUUGACAUACGCUUCGAGCUUUCAGAUGCUGAGAGGCUCGAUCAUAGUGUUCGUCGGGUUGCUGAGCGUCGCGUUCCUGCGGCGCCGCCUCGCCAAGCGAGAGUGGGGCGGCAUCGUCCUCGUCAUGGCGGGGCUGUCGGUCGUCGGCGUUGCCGACUUUCUCUACAAAAGCGACGACGACUCGCUCGACAGCGACGACGUGAUCAUUGGCGACGUGCUCAUAGUGGUAGGCCAGGUGAUACAGGCGAUCCAGGUGGUGGUGGAGGAGAAGUUCGUCGCGGGAAUGGACAUACCGCCGCUCGAGGCUGUCGGCUUCGAGGGCCUCUUCGGUCUCGCGUCCAUGUCCCUUCUCAUGGUCCCUUUUUAUUACAUCCGAGCCGACAGGCCGUUUACCGAACACCCUGGCGACCGACUUGACGACAUCGUCGACGCGUUCAGUCAGAUGGGCCACAGCUGGCAGCUCGACGUAGCCGUACUAGGUACCGCCGUCUACGCCGUCGCACACUGGAUCCGUCCUUUCCAUCGCUUUCUACAACUUCGCGGGCAUCAGCGUGACCAAAGAGAUGUCGGCGACCACCAGGAUGGUCCUCGACAGUAUCAGAACCCUCGUCGUGUGGGUCUUUAGUCUGACGGUCUUCGGACAGCAGUUUCACUGGCUCCAGGUACUCGGAUUCCUUCUGCUCGUGGCGGGCAUGUGCCUCUACAACGGCAUCACCUUUGGAUCUUUGAUUUCGCGCUUCAAACGGGAUAAAGUCGACGGG